GGGCAAGCAGAGAGCUCAGCGGGGCGUGCAAGACACCCCUCGCGGGUCAGAGCACACGCGUGUCCGCGGGGUCCGUGGGCAUCCGGGGACGCUCUCCCGCGCCGGCGCCCAGACAUUCGGGGCGCAGGCCCGGCCGGGCCAGCCCCUGGCAGUGGCACCGCGCCUCGCGAUCUCCGAGCGGUGAUCUCCGAGCUCGGCAGCUCUGGGCGGCGGGCCAGGAGGGGAGGGUCCGGCCUUGCCCCGCGGGCGUCCAUUGGCGGCUGCUCCCGGCGUCCGCGGCGCAGCCGGCUGCAAAGCCCGCAGGUGCCCCGCGCGCGCGCGCCAGACCCGGGUGGGUAGGGGGCGCCGCACUCGCCAUGCUGCGCGCGCCGCGGACCCUGGCUCCGGCCACAGCGCAGCCCACAAAGAGCUCGCCCGCGUUGAACCCCACCGAGCCGCUGUGGCCUGCCGGUCUCAGCAGCCCCCAGCUCUGUCCGGCCACCGCCACCACCAGCACCACCACCUACUACACUUCGCUUUACACGCAGACGGUGCCUUCCGCUGCGGCGCUGGGCACCUGCCUCGACGCCACUCCCCACGGACCCGAAGGCCAGAUUGUGCGAUGUGUGCCCGCAGGCCGGCUGCCGGCCAAGAGGAAGCUGGAUCUGGAGGGCAUUGGGAGGCCUGCGAUCCCUGAAUUCCGGACUCCCAAGGGGAAGUGCAUCCGAGUGGAUGGUUUACCAAGCCCCAAAACCCCCAAGUCUCCUGGGGAGAAGACACGCUAUGACACGUCGCUGGGGCUGCUCACCAAGAAAUUCAUUUACCUCCUGAGCGAGUCGGAGGAUGGGGUCCUGGACCUGAACUGGGCAGCCGAAGUGCUGGAUGUGCAGAAGCGACGCAUCUAUGACAUCACCAACGUGCUGGAGGGCAUCCAGCUCAUCCGCAAGAAGUCCAAAAACAACAUCCAGUGGGUAGGCAGGGGAAUAUUUGAAGACCCCACCCGACCUGCGAAGCAGCAGCAGCUGGGCCAGGAGCUGAAGGAACUGAUGAACGCGGAGCAGACCUUGGACCAGCUCAUCCAGAGCUGCUCCCAGACCUUCAAGCACCUGACGGAAGAUAACGCCAACAAGAAACUGGCCUAUGUGACUUACCAGGACAUCCGUGCUGUGGGCAACUUCAAGGAGCAGACAGUGAUUGCUGUCAAGGCCCCUCCACAGACAAGAUUGGAAGUGCCGGACAGGGCGGAGGACAACCUGCAGAUUUAUCUCAAGAGUACCCAAGGGCCCAUCGAAGUCUACCUGUGCCCGGAGGAGGUGCAGGAGCCAGACAGUCCUGCCAGGGAGGCCCUCCCCUCCACCUCUACCCUCAGCCCUGUCCCUGACUUCGCCGAGCCCAGCUGCAGCCCCGACCCUGGGAUCGCAGAGGCCGUAACGUCUUCAGUGCUGAUGCCCCAGCCGGUCCCGCCACCACCAGCACCAUCCCUUGUCCCCUUGGAAACCACUGACAACAUGCUGGAGCUGUCUCACCCACUUCUGCAACAGACUGAGGACCAGUUCCUGUCCCCAAUCCUGGCCGCCAGCUCCCCGCUGAUCAACUUCUCCCCACCCUUGGACCAGGACGAAUACCUGUGGGGCAUGGAUGAGGGUGAGGGCAUCAGCGACCUCUUUGACUCCUAUGACCUUGGGGACCUGUUGAUUAAUUGAAGAGCCCUGCUCUGUCUCUACCUCCUCACAGACAGAUUAACAGGCUCUCGGCCCAUGUGGGGGACACUGGCCACUAGGUGUCACCCCUGUGUGUAAGUGGCUCCGUUCCAGCCUGCCUUCCGUGGAGGCCAGCUAGGGAGACGGAGGACGUGAGUGAGGAGUGUGUCAGGGGCGAGGCCCUGGUCCUCCUCCUCUGACCUCUGACCCCUUCAUGAAGGACAACAGGUGCAGGUGGCCAUGUUCAGGGAAAGGGUCUGCUGCCUCCUGCUGAGGGGCAGUUGGACCCUGGCUUUUUCAAGAAGCACUUAAUGCCUUUGUAUUUAUUUCAGGUUUGUUUGUUUGUUUGUUUGUUCACCCUGAGUUUUAGCAGGGAGAUUUGUUCUAGUUUCUCCUCAGACAGGCCCUCCCAUGCCCACUGUCUAAGGGAACAUCUGGAUUUCCAGGGGCCCGGGGCCAACUCCUUGGCUCUCCUUCCACAGUGGUACCUGGGUCUUGAGGAGACUAUCCAGUUUGCUUGAAUGUUAAUUGCACUUAGGCCUUGUAAUUCUAGUAAAGUGCAGGGCCCAGGGCAGGGUCCAGGCGUCCGCUUAGGAUUCUCCAUCUCUUCCAUCCCAGAGUAGGUUCCAGUAGGUUGGGGGAGGUACAGGAGCAGGUAGCCAAGAAGAUUCCCUUCCUGUUGGAUCUCUUAUCUCUCCUGAGCCUCAAAAUGUAAAUACAGGCCUUCAGGAAUUAGGCCAGAAGAGCCCCUGGGAAAAUCAGGAGGCACGUGUCAUGCAUACUGGAGAUUAUCCAAAUCAGAGCGUCUGCCUCGUCCUGGUCAGAGACCUGGGAGGUGGAGGCAGAGACAAGUGUGAGGAAGAAGACCAGAAGCACCCCACGGGCUACCCGUGCUUCCCUGGGAGAAUUGUUUCGUUUCUUGGUCACAGUUGUUGAAGGACUGGCCUUCCCAAGCCCUCACUCCAUUUCCAAGGUCCCCAGGGACAGGAGCUUGGGGCAGGUUUGCACCUUUUCCCCACUGGAGCGCUGAGGGGAUGACGGGGUGGAGGGUGGGAUGCUCUUUACGGCAGAGUAGGUCUCAGCAGCUCAUGAGGAGAUGGUGUGGGCAUCUGGGAAGAGCCGUGGGCUUCUUGGGCUUAUUUCCCCAUAGGCCGACCAUCCAGGGUCUCUGUGGUCCUGAUGGGGACAGGAGUCUAAUAGUCUCCCUUGUCCUUCCUGGGAUGGAGGAUGCUGGGCUGAACCAAGGCCAUGUGUUCUGGACAACACAUGGUGCGCCCAGGGGAAAGAGAUCUUCCACCCAUCUUCAGGGAGCUCGGGUUUCUCAGGGGCUCAGCAGGACAGCACUUUGAGCACUUUUUUUUUUUUUUUUUUUUUUUAAGUUUGUAGCAUUAAAUUGAUUUAAAAAAUGAAGUUGGCUAUGCCAGGUUGCUCCUAGCUGGCUGACUGGCAUUUGAAGUUUAGAUAUUGGGCUAAUAUAAAUUGAUGCCCAUUUGGGGAUAAUUUGUCUUAUCCUUAGCUCAACUUUUUGGGCCCCCAAGUUAGUCCCCUCCGAGGAGUGGUCAGUGUCCCACAGCUGCCCCACUUGGAAUUUGUUUACUUUGACAUCGAGUGUCUAGCCUUUUGACAUUGUGAUGUGAAGUUCACCCUUAAGAACUGCACAGUUAAGCUACCAAAAACAAAGAAACAAACAAACAA